AUGCGUCAGAGUGCUGUGAGACUAGCUAAGGCGUAUACGCCGAUGAUCAAGUUUGUUGGUGGGAAACAUCAGAUUGUGAAGCAUGAGGGAGCUGCUAAGGGGCAUCCAUGUGCGACUGAUGGAUUGAAACCCGGUUCACAGGGGUGUGUGCCUGCUGGAGAGUUCUUAAGUAAGUUGAAACCUUUUGAAGUGGUAAAUUACCGUGGGAGUAGCUCUCAGCCACAGAAAGCAGCCAGCGGAAAGUCUACUGGUGCAGGAGAUAAGAAUAGUUCGAGGUAUGUCUUCCAGAAUAGGCCUCUCAAGGAUAAUGAGGUGGGUUCCAUCUUUGAAUUGCCUACAAGGUUUAGGGUUAAACCUAUUAGUGACAUUGAAGCUGAAGCUAUCAAUGGUGGAGGUGCAGUUUAA